AUGUGCAAAAUCGAUCCUUAAAUUCCAAAUGUAUAAGUAAUGAAUUAAUAUGAAGAAAUAUACAGAAAAAAAGGGAAUAAAUUUAAAUCAAUUUCAUCAAACAAUACACACUUUAGUACUUUGUCUUAUGAAAAUGAAGUAUAAUUUUAUGAGUGGAAGGAUUAAAUCUUAGAAAAAAUCGGGGAAUCCGUAAUAAUUGAUUCUUCGUUUAAUUGUUUUACUAUCAAUUUAUCUCAACAUUUUUCUAUUUUAGUAGAUUGUUAUUAAAAUAAUGAAUUCCUUUUAAUUCAGUUAAUGGAUAAAUAAUCAAAAAAUUGCUUAUUAAAUAUAAUCAUCUAUGCUCAACGUCAACCAAAAUAUAAUCAAUUAUUAAUGGAACAAAUAAUUUUAUAGUAUAUGCCUAAUAUUUUGAAGAUUAUUCGAUACUUUCAUUAAUUUCAUCAUCAUUUCAAAAUUUAAGUAGCUUAAAUAAUCAAUUUAUUGAUUUUGAUAUACCAAUUACAAUAACUCCUAAUAUUUAUGUAAUUACCUCCCAAGAAUUCUCAAUUUUAUUUUAAAGCUAAUUUUAGUUAGCAGAAUUUGAAUAAUAUUACUAGUAUUAAUGCCUAUUAUAAUUUUUGGAGUUACUCUUAAUGCGAUUUUGUUUAUUUAUUAUUAGCCAAAUAUGAAGAUUCUUUAAUUUAAUAUAAAACUGCUCGCUACUUAGGGUGUGAAGGGCAAAUAAAUUUUAUGAAUGAGGGUUGUCCAAUUUCAUCAUGUCCUUUUUAUAAGACACUUUAAAAUACUGAAUUUUUAGUUUAUAUUUCAAUUAAUAAAUUUUAUAUUGCUCCAAAACUAGCAGGACUACCAAAAUAUUAGUCUUAUCAAGUUAAUUCAAACAAUACCCUAUUUUAUUUGAACAAUGAUAAUGAUUUAUUUUAAUUUGGUCAAGAAAUUGUGGUUUAUAAAAUUUCAUUACCAUCCAUACAAAUAAACUUGACUGCGUCACAACCUUCAAAAAAAUACUAAAAUUUUACUUUAAUAUGUAUAGAUGAAUUUUACCCUAUUUAAUCAAGUUUGGUUAAUAUUUAUUUUUAAAUACUAUCGAUGAAUGACACAAAUAUUUAUGUAAUGUCAAAUUACGGGUCACAAGAUUUUGUAGUUUACAAUGAUAAUAAUAAAACAAUUUCUUUAUAAGACUAUUCAGGCUAAUUGCUAAAAUACAAUAUAACCUAAAAAGAACCAUAUUUUAACUUGAAAUAAAUAACAUUCUCAAAUGUUAGUAAACUUAACUAGAAUUAUUAAUUAGUAUAAUUUAUUUCAAUAGAUUUUGUUGUAGUUAGCUAAUAUUUGAUAGGAUAUAAUAAUUAUUCAGUCGAUAUUUUGCUUUGCAAUUACAUCGAGUAAAACCAAUCUUACUAAUUCUUUGAAAUAUGUUCAAUCAACAUUAGCAUAAAUGCAAAUUAUUUAUAAGCUGCUUAUAGCUUUAAUCCUUAAAUGAUGAUAAUAAUAGGACUCCGUGAUAAUAAAACAAUAUAUUUGUUUAAUUAUUAUAACGAUACCAAAAGUAUAAUUAGUUAUUCAAAUUAUACUUUUAGAGAUGAAUUCUAAGAUUUUUUUGUCACCUAUAAUAAUAUUUUACUUCUUAGACUAAAAAAAGCAAUUGAAAUAAUGACAUUUGAUUUUACAAAUACUUUUACUUUAAAUUAAUCAUCAAUAAAUAAACUGUUCAAUAAUAUACAAUUCAAUCCGAUAUAAAUAGCUCUGAAUACACAAUCAUAGUCAUCUUUACUAUAUAUCAACAAUAUAAACGAAGUAAUAAUAAUUUCGAUUGAUUAAAAUAGUCUUCCAAUACCGAUCUAGGUAAUUAAAGUCAAUUUCACAAUCAAGUAUAUAAAUGUAAUAAGUUAAUAAUUAAUUUUAUCAUAUCUAUGUAAUGAUGAUAAAAAAAAUACAUGCUUUCAAGUUUAUAAUGUGUAUAAUCUACCAAAAUACUACUACGUAAAAAAUCUUUAUAGCGUAAAUGUGGAUAAUAAAGCAAUAAUAUAAUCAGAUAACCUAUUCUUAUAUGUAAUUUUUAGGAAUUACACUGUUUAUGUUUAUAAUCCAUCCUUGCCAUAUCAUUAAAGUUUAUAUUAUAAGUUAUAAUUCGAUUCACCAAUUUAAUUGACUGAGUAAUUUUAUUCAGGCCUUUAAUCAUCAAUAAUCAUUUCUAACAAUUAUGUGUAUAUUCUUUAAAGUAAUCAAAACUUUGUCUUAGAAUUUUUAAAUUCAGGCUAACUCUUGGGUAAUACAAAAAUUUACCCAUAAUAUAUUUAUUCUAUUACUAUAACUUCAGCCUUAAAUGAGACAGCCUUUUAAUAGACUCCUAAUUAAAGUAUUGUUUUAUAUUCAAACUUCACAGUAUUUUUGAAUUAAAGAAAUUUAUCUAUAAAUCUAACAAAAGAUAAUAUAAUUAAUAAUACUAAAAUCUUUUCAUAUCCAAUGAAUUUAAUUCUUGAUAGAUAAGUUGGAUAUUGUGGGCCACCAAAUCUUGCUUAAACUAAUAAUUUAAAUAAACAUUGUAGUUUAACUCAAGCAUUUUAAUAUAAUUCUACCAGCAUUCCUAAUUAUAGCAACUUUUCUUUAAUUACUUCGAUAAAUAAUGAAUGCUUUGCUUUACAGAAUAACUCUUACAUAUAAACAGUAAAUAGUGAUUUAACAUAAGUAUCAAGUUUAAGUUAUUCAAAUCUAAAUUUUACCCAAUGUCUAAAUUCAGCAUCAAAUGAUUACUCAUUAUAUUCAAUUUGUGGAAAUAGUACUUAAUAAUAUUUGCUUAAUUUUACUUUAAAUUGUGAAGCCAAUAUACUAUUAAGUGAAACUUUAUAAUUAUCCCAAAUGUUUUACAGUAUUUCCAAAGUCAACACCAUUUCUAAUCAGAUUUUUAUUUUAGGUACUCUACAAAAUUCAUCAUAAUAAUAAUUCUUGUAUUGGUUUAAUUAAUCUAAGCAGAGCUCUUAGAUUAUAUCCGGCGAUAAAAGUUAUUGUCAAGAUUUCUCGAUCGCUUUAAUUGAUACAACAAUUUCUGCCAUUAAAUAUUAAUAAUCUUAAAUAAUUAUCUUUUACAUUGAAUAAUAUUAUAAUCAUUAAAUACUUUUAUAUCAACUUAUGUUAGUUCAAAAUAAUAGUGAAUUAAAAAAAGGUGAAUCAGUAAUGACAAAAAAAUGCGACAAGUCAUCUUAUAAUAAUUGUACUGAAUUAAUUCCUUCCUACGUUCUAAUUAUGAAAACAUCUUAUAAUUUAGCAAUUAUUCUAUUGAGUAAUUUUGAUAUGUAUCAAAUAAGUGAAAUAAUUAAUGUUAGAUUAGCAGGGGAUGAAUCUUAGUUUGGAAUUUCUAAAACUAUCCCUAAUUAUGGUAAUUAAAAUAAUAGUGGUAAUUCUUUUUAUUAAAAUGGAGUUUUGACUCAAUAAUUUUAAUACAAUAAUAUAUACAUUGUUGGUUUCUAUUAUUUGAAUAAUGACUAGGAUGUAAUUUUAAUGGAAGCAAUUUUGACAUAAGGUUCAUUCAACACCACAAUAUCUAAUUAUGCAAUCAUCGUCAAUAAAUAAUAUCAAACUGGAGCAGCCUUAUAUAUUUAUAAAGACUCUAUAUAUAAUUACUCAAUAGGUACUUGGAAUGUAACAUGUCUUUUGAAUUAAAAAACAUCAAAUUAAGUUAAUGUUUCUAUAUUUUGUAAAAACGAAUUUUCAAAUGGGAUUUAUAAUAUUUCAUUUAAAAAGCCUCCAUUUAAAAAAUCUAGUAAAAGAUGGAUAUAUACUCUGAUUUCAAUAAUUGGUUUACUUAUAUUAUAUUUUUACAUUAAAGUUAAAUAAAGGACAAAAGAUUUAGACUAUAUUUCAUCAGGUAUUGAGUUAUGA